UUUCCGAGGGCCUGUCGGUAUAUUUUACGAUAAUUCCGCUGUCACACUGACCAUUAGUCAUUUUUUAUACACACAACAACACACAAAUUAUAAAUCCAGAUUGCUUGAGAAUAAUAAAGGAAACUCUUCGGACAGCGAAACAAGUUUAAAUACUGUAUUUUGUGACGCAUUAAAAAUCGAUUGCCCGGAAGAGAGACGAGACCAAAGAAAAUCAAGAGCAAAACGGACAACAAUACAAAGUGCAAUUGGGAAGAACAAUUGAAACAAUUUAACAAAAAACUAGGCAGGCAGCUAAGCUCGCGUUUGGUCAAAAGAAAUGGGAAUUUUCGGGCAAUCGUCGCCUUUUGACGCCGAUGUGGAAAAAGCCACCAGCGAGACAAAUACAAACGACAACUGGUCCCUGAUUCUCGAUGUGUGCGACAAGGUGUCUACAACUCCACGACUGGCCAAGGAUUGCCUCAAGGCGGUGAUGCGGCGCAUGGGCCACAACGAUCCCCAUGUGGUAAUGCAGGCGAUCACAUUGCUGGACGCUUGCUCCAACAAUUGUGGCAAGCCGUUUCAUCUGGAGGUUGCCUCGCGCGACUUUGAAACCGAGUUCCGAAGGCUGUUGACUCGGGCAGAGCCAAAGGUGUCUCUGAAAAUGCGUCAAGUGCUAAAGAACUGGGCUGAAAACGAUUACAAGAACGAUCGGGAACUGGACUUGAUUCCCGCCCUCUACACUAAGCUUCGUCUGGAGGGCUACGACUUUAAGAACCUUAGCGAGAAGAGCAGCAAAACAGCUGCUGAGAAGGCUGCCAGUUUGCCAAAAGAUCCCAAUGUUGUGAGCAGCCAGCAAGAGGAGGAUGACAUUGCCAAGGCCAUAGAACUGUCACUGAAGGAGGGCAAGAGCAGUCCCAAAGCGGUCAGUGGAAGUGCUCCGAGUGCAGCGAACACCAGUGCCUAUCCAUCGCUGUAUCCGUCAUUCGGUGGUGGUGGUGCCACCAGCAGCAGCACAACAAGCAACGAAGCAAACUCAACCCAAAACCAAGCACCAGCUGCCGAACCGAGAAAGGUGCGGGCUCUGUAUGAUUUUGAGGCUGCGGAAGAGAACGAACUUACUUUCUUUGCUGGCGAAAUCAUCCAUGUAAUGGAUGACAGCGAUCCAAACUGGUGGAAGGGCUUCAAUCAACGAGGAGAGGGACUCUUCCCUUCGAAUUUUGUCACUGCCGACUUAUCUGUGGAUCCCGAGCGCCUGGACAUUAAUCAGCAGCACAAGACGGGAGCUGCACCGAAGGAUGUGAACUCCGCAACGACUUCGCAGCAAAAGACUGAUCCCGCUGCCGCAGCAGCAGCUGCUGCCGCCUCUGCUCAGCCAGUGGAAAUCGACGAAGCCAAGAUAGAUCGUCUCUUGCAUCUACUGCAUGAAGCAAAUCCCGAAGAUCCCUCACAGGAUAGCGACGAGAUGCUUCGCCUGGAGCAGGAGGUACAUCAAAUGGGUCCCCUGAUUGACGCCGAGCUGGAGCGAGUGGAUCGCAAGCACGCCCAAUUGACGCAGUUAUCGAGUGAUCUUGUCGAUGCCAUAAAUCUCUAUCACGGUCUGAUGAGAGAUGAUCGUGCUGUGGCGGGACAGUUUGCUGCAGCAGCUGCAGGUUUCAUGCCGGGCCUGGCUGGCUUUCCAGGAGCCGCUCUGUACGGAGCACCAGGCUACCCCAGUGCGGGUGGCUUUCCGCCCCAUCAAAACUAUCCAGGAAUGCACUCGCUUCCCUAUGCGCCUGGACCCAACAUUCCCACAAAUGCUCCGCCCCCGACAACAGCGCCUGCUGGCUACCUGGAACAGGGACAGGUGCCGCUGACUUAUCAGAAUGGACACGCCCCUCAGAUGAACUCACUACCCCCUCAUCUGCCACAUCUUAAUCCAGCUGUAUCUGUACCCCAGCCCCUCUACAAUGCCCACGCACCACCUGUGUCCGCCCAGCAGCAGCAGCAGCAAGCACCGCCGCCUCAGCAGCAGCAGCAGCCAAGCUACCAGCAGCAGCAGCCGCCGUUUGCCCAAGUUCCGCCCGCAAAUACACAAAUGCAGCAACAGCAAUCACAGCCGCCGCCUCAGGCUUAUAUGCAGGCGGGUCCACCGCAGGGAUAUCAGCCGGGACCUACACCACAGCAGCCCCCAUCACAUCUGUAUGCACCAAAUGGAUCACCAGCAGUCAACCAACAGAGCUACGUACCACAGCAGCAGCAACAGCAUCAGCUGACUCCACAAGAACAAUAUAGUCAGAUGCAUCAGCAAAUGGCGUCGCAGCCUGCAGCUGCGCCUGGCUAUCACAUGCAGAACGAUGCCGUCAAGAACAACAUUCCUAUCUACCAGCAGCAGUGGUAAAAUCCAUCUUUUGGUUUUAUUUCAUUCGCCUAAAAAACGAACUAAUUUUUAUCUGUAUCUGUAUCCUCCUGUGAUCAUGACCGAUCAGUCCAAAACGAUGAAAGAUGAAAAUUGUAAAAGUUUAACUUGAUAACUUCACAACAGAAACAAAUCAGAAGUUGUCGAAUCUCUUUUUAUUUAUAUCUCCACUCAAGCAAAGAUACAAUCUAAUAGUUAACCAAAAAGAAAAUGAAAUACUUAUGUUCUGUACCCAAAAUUAACUCUUCAGACAAGCCAAAAUAAUUUAUAAAAUGUUUCUUCA